GCCUACUGCUGCUCAGACAGUCAAUCACACGUACCUAUGGAUAGCCCCUCCAAAAUAAAAUGGUCUUAAUUUUUAUUUAUUGUAUAUUUAUUUUAUUUUAUUUUACUAUUUUUUUUUUUUGGUACUUACUCUCUCGGAUUAUGACCAUUCUCAGCCCCUCGUCAGCGGCCCCCUUGCCCCUCCAACAAGGAUCGAAUAGCUUCAAAUGCCACGGAAGUGUGCGCUUGCCGACCUGAUUUGUGUGUUCACUCCUUUCAUUUCCACCAGCGAAAUUCUUUGCACACAGAAUCUCGUUGAAUAUUUAUUUUUUAUUUUUAUUUUUUU